UCUAGCUUUCUACACAAAUCUCUCUAUCUCUAUCUCUUUCUCUCUUCUCUUCUCUGAUCUCUGAUCCACAAAAAUGGAUAAGAAACCAUGCAACUCAUCCCAAGAUGCUGAAGUGAGAAAAGGGCCAUGGACCAUGGAAGAAGACAUGAUUCUGAUCAAUUAUAUUGCAAAUCACGGUGAAGGAGUAUGGAACACCCUAGCCAAAUCUGCCGGUCUCAAACGUACCGGAAAGAGUUGCCGGCUCCGUUGGCUAAACUAUCUUCGACCUGACGUUCGAAGAGGUAAUAUUACACCCGAAGAAGAGCUCUUGAUUGUGGAACUGCACGCUAAGUGGGGAAACAGGUGGUCAAAAAUUGCUAAGCAUCUUCCUGGAAGAACUGACAAUGAAAUAAAGAACUACUGGAGGACCAGAAUCCAAAAGCAUAUCAAGCAAGCAGAGAAUUUAUAUGGGCAGAGUAGUUCUUCUGUAGUCAUGAAUGACCAAACUGGAAGCUCAAUUAGCCAAGUGUCUGCAGUAGGCAGCAUGGACGUUGACCCGCUGGAAACCUACUCUCCGCCAUCACUCCAAACAAAUAUGGAUCAGCCUAUUCCAGCACCUCAUUUACCCGCUCCUGAAUCCAUUAAUGACAACUAUUAUUGGAGCAUGGAGGACAUCUGGUCCAUGCAACUAUUUGGUGGGGAUUAAACAGUACAAGUAGUAUA